UCAAAACGAUGUAAACACGUCUUGCGUGACCGGUGAUUUUCCUCAACUACUCUCCGCUAUCUUUGUGAAAUUUUGGAAUAAAUUUGUGCUAAAAAAUACCUGGAAGAACGACUCUGGUGAGCAUGUUUUAUCCUUUGUUGCGUGCACCGAGACCAUUCAAUACCGUCAAGCACUACAUCGCCCGUUCCUACGGCGGCGCCCGCCAGCACCAGCAGCAGCAGCAGCAUCCGAGUGCGAAGGAAAUCCGCCAACGAUUCGUGGAUUUCUUUGUGCACGAAAAUGGUCACCGGUUCGUGCGGUCCAGUGCGGUGGUCCCGUUCAGUGAUCCGACCAUUGCAUUCGUGAAUGCCGGGAUGAAUCAGUUCAAGAAUGUUUUCCUGGGCACGGCGGAAGCUCCCUGCAGGAGGGCGGUAAAUUCGCAAAAGUGCAUCCGAGUCGGUGGGAAGCAUAACGAUGUCAGUGUGGUCGGUAGCGACGGGUACCAUCAUACGUUUUUCGAAAUGUUGGGCAACUGGUCGUUUGGGGACUACUUCAAGAGGGAGGCGUGCGAAAUGGCUUGGCGGUUGCUGACGGACGUGUACGGGAUCGACCGGAGGAGGUUGUAUGUGAGCUACUUUGGAGGUGAUGAAGCGAUGGGACUGCCAGCGGAUUUAGAGUGCAGGGAUGUUUGGGCUGGAUUGGGCGUUCCAUCGGAAAGGAUUUUACCGUUCGGAGCUCGUGAUAAUUUCUGGGAAAUGGGUAAUUCCGGUCCGUGUGGACCGUGUACGGAAAUCCACAUCGAUCACUCCGAUCGGUUUAUGGAUACAGCUACCAGGAAGCAUUUAGUAAACGCCGGAAUUCCGGAUCUGACUGAAGUGUGGAACAUUGUGUUCAUUCAGUACAACCGAAGUUUAGACGACGGACGGAUCAGCGAUCUACCUCAAAGGCACGUUGAUACGGGAUUGGGUUUGGAGCGGUUGGUCGCCCACCUGCAGCAUAAGAAUAGCAAUUACGAUACAGAUUUGUUUGUGCCCAUACUCGAUCGUAUACGGAAGGCAUCGAGAAAGGUCGAAUAUCGUGGGGUAUUUGACAUAGAAGACUCGCGUUGCGAACUAGAUACAGCCUACCGGAUCGUCGCUGAUCAUUCAAGAAUGAUUACUGCGUGCCUAUCGGAUGGAAUGUUUCCCUCGCAAAAUCACAAACUGCGUCGGAUUAUAAGACGAUCGCUAUCAUUAUCGGAUCGUGUUUUCUCCUGUCCUACGUUAUUGCAGGAAUUGGUACCGGUUGUAGUGGAAAUACUAGGCGACACCUAUCCUGAGAUGCAAAAAAAGCUAUCACAAACGCAACAAAUCAUUCAGCACGAAGAGCAAGCCUACCGGCAGCUUUGCUCGAAUUUGUCUUCCGAAUCACGUGAGCUGCUGAAACAGUGUUCCUACUUUGAUGAAGCCGAAGUGACUGAUCAUCCCGGUCUACCAUAUGCACUGAAAGAGAUCCGAAGGCUAAAAGCCAAGCACGGGGUACAGACGUUGGAUGGCGAAUUGAUCCACAAGAUGUUCGAUACCUACGGCUUAGAUGAAGACUUGUUGGUCAAAAUAGCUGAGUCCGAACGACUGAAACUGGAUAUGAUCGGUUACAACCAUUAUUCCAAGCAAGUGAAGGAAGGAGCGAAACUCGAACUUGCUACUCGCCUGCAAGAAAGCUUGACGGCUUCACAAGAUAUAAAACACGACCUAACCAAAGCACAACUUUGUCCUACUAGGAAUGAGUACAAGUACAAUUAUGUGUACAACAGAGAUAGGCAUGCAUACGAGAUUCCCAAGUUAAGAACUAAGAUUACCUCAAUAGUUACGCCCGGAGGCGAUAGCGCCCUGUGCCAUGUGAUAACCGAGAAAAGCAACUUUUACUUUGAAUCCGGGGGCCAACAGAGUGAUCGGGGAAGUCUAGCUUUGUCCACCGACCAGUCAAAACAGUAUGAGGUAAAGGCUGUGAGCGAGCUUCAAGGGUUCGUCAUACAUUCCGUUGAUGGUAGAGUCGCGGAACAGUUAUCCGUUGGCGACGAAGUCAUUCUGACGGUUGAUUCGGCGAAACGAAGUUCCAACAUUAUUCACCAUACGGCUACGCAUUUGCUGAAUGCCUCUGCCAGGGAAAUCCUCCGGGUACCGAUGUGUCAGCGAUCUAGUUUCGUGAGCGAUAAAGGACUCAAGCUGGAACUGGCAGUCUGUGGCGCAAAGAUUGGACCGGACGAAGUUGAUGCUAUGGAACAGCACAUUCGACAGCAUAUCCAGCAUAACGAACCGGUCAGGGUUCGUGUUUGUUCUGCCAGCGAUGUCGAUUUGGAUAAGGUCACCAUGAUCCCUGGCGAAAUCUACCCGGAAAGAGGGCUCCGACUAGUCGAAAUCGGUGAUUCCACCUCGACCGAGUUCUGCUGUGGAACGCACGCACAAUCAACGGAAGAACUGCGGGACUUUUGCAUCACCAACGUAACGCAAACCAAAUCUGGCUGCUAUACCUUCUUUGCCAUUGCCGGUCAAGCUGCCAUCAAAGCGCACCAGUUGGGUGCACAAAUUCAAACCGACGUCAAUCAACUGAAACACGACAUGGACCAGCAACUGGUCGAGGAUAUGAACAGCGUCGAUGCCCGUAUGCAGCGGUUGAAAAAUGUCCUUCUAGUCGGGUCCGAGAACAACAUCAAUCUUCCGUACGCCGUUCGGCAACGGUGCCUGGACGUAAUCAAUGAUCUGUUCCGGCGAUUGAAAGACCACACCCGCGAGUCACUCCGAGAGUUUAUCGACAUUGAAAUGAAAAACCUCCAGCAGGAAUAUCCGCUCGCCUCGAAUCCGUUCAUCGUGCACUUCCUGGAAAGCUCCAUCAUCCUGGAAGAAGUUCAGCUGAGCAAAGCGACGCGGUACUUCCCGGAUCGUCCGAUUCUGGUGAUUAGCAUCACCGACGAUCAAGUGAAGGCAAGGGCUACGGUUCCGCCCGCUUGCAUCAGUGAGCAGUUCGACGCUCAAAAGUGGCUCAAAACGGUAGGUAGCGUGUUCAAAUCCGGCGUGGCAGCUCCAAAAGGGCAGAAUCCGGCCGAGGUAAGUAAUAUGAAGAGCCGGAAGGUGAAAACGCUUCAAUUCGAAACGUUACUCGAUCGGGCACUGAAAGAGGCGUCCGAUUUCGCGCGGCAUAAUAUGCAAUGAAAAAUAACUCCACCUGUUGACUAGGUUUAUAGUUUCGAGUAUGGAAGAUACUUAAUUUGCUAAGAAAGUG